AUGGGCGUAGAACGGCGGGCGUCCAAGGCAAAGCUCAGUCGCCACGACUACUGGAAGCUGCUCCACGGUGCGAUCCCGACAGAGUACCGCGAUGAAUUUGUCGUGAAGAAGAAGGUUGCGACGCUCGUGCGGCCGUCGAAGGACCCGUUCGGCGUCCAGAUUGUGAAGCAGCACAACCAAGACUUGCUUCGGCAGCUUGCCAUCACAAUGAAGCAACUACCGCACCGCAAGACGUCGCAAUCUGGCGCCGCACCAUCCCGCCCACUCGAGCGCCAGGUCAUGCGCAAGCUCCACCGCGUCCUGGAUGACGAGAUGACAAACUACUCGUCGACGCGACAAGGUCAAACGUGCGAGAUUUCGGAAAUCGAGGCCCAGCUUGCUUCGUACCGCCUCGAGCGUGAAUCUGGUGCGAUCGAAAAGGCGCACGAUGCGUGGGUUGCGAAGCGGCAGUGGGCUGUCCUCCUCGACGAGGUCAUCGCGGAAGAGCUCGACGACAUGUUCGACCACGUGAUCGACGAGAUUCGUGAUGAGGGCCCCGACCUUGCGCUUUCAGAAGAAGACGAACAGACCGUUAAAGACGCGCUCUCAAGCGGUCCUUCGAACAAAGUUCUGUGCCAGAAGUUCAACGUCGACAUCACCCGCGCCCUCAUUCAGUGCCUCCGCCCGGGCCAGUGGCUCAACGACGAGAUCAUCAACUUUUACUUUCAAAUGCUCGCGGAGCGCGACGUGCAUGUGAGCGCUGCGCUCGGCAUUCCAGGCAGCCACUUCUUCAACUCGUUCUUUUUCUCCAAGGUCUCGGAAGACGGCUACAACUUUAUCAACCUGGACCUCUUCGCCAUGGAUAAGGUCUUCAUCCCUGUCAACAUCUGCAAUGUGCACUGGUGCUUGGCCGUCAUCUACGUCACGGAGAAACGCAUCCAGUACUAUGACUCGAUGAAUGGUGCUGGCACCGAGUGCCUUUCGGUGUUGCUUCGAUAUCUUGGCGAUGAGCACCAGCACAAGAAAGGGUCGCCGUUCGACACCACUGGGUGGGAGCUGCUUCCAUCGCAGCCCGAUACGCCGCAGCAAGGCAACUCGCACGACUGCGGGAUGUUCACAUGCAUGUUUGCUGACUACAUUGCGCAAAACAAGGCACUUUCGUUUCGCCAGCGCAACAUGGCUUUUUUCCGCCAGCGCAUGGUUCUGCGGACGAUUGAAGGCUCGAUUCCGGACGACGAAGACUUUGAUGCCUAA